AGGACAACUUUUGCUCUUGAGCACAGAAUUAAAUUUUUUUCUUUUCUUUUUGUGAUUGUCAUCACUCCUCUGACAAGCCUUACAAUCAACAGUUUCUUGAUUUCCUGAACAGUGUGAUUCAUCAUGAAGCUGGAGGUGCCAAAAAACUUUGAAGAUGUUGCUAUUGAGUUUUCAAGUGAGGAGUGGAAGAUGCUUAGUGAACAUGACAAAGAGUUACACAGGGAGGUGAUGGUACGGAACUAUGAGAACAUGAUUUCUUUAGGUUAUAACAUCCCAUUGUAUGAACUUCUGUUACUUCUUAUGAAACAUGAAACAUUUCCAGCUACUGAGACUGAAGGAAGAACAACAGUGCAACAAGCACGACUUCCUGGUAACAAAACCAGCAGUAAGUACAUAAUAAGUAUUACAACAAAGGCAACUUCCUGAUAACAGAACCUGCAUUAAGUACAUAAUAAGCAUUACAACAAAGGCAACUUCCUGGUAACAGAACCAGCAGUAAGUACAUAAUCAGUAUUACAACAA